AGCGUCGAUCCCAAAAAAGCUUAGCGCACGCAGAACGGCGCCAUGUGUCAUGUUGGACGGCGGGCUCGCGCCGAAACGUCCUGACUGAUCGCGCUCUGAUCGAAAAGUGGGCUUUAAUGGACGUUUAUUAUGCGGUGUGGUGCUCAUGCGCGAAGUCAGAAGAACUUCGUGUAUCGAUUUCUUAGGAUUCCGUGCGGUGGGGGUCAUGUUUUUUCGUUCCGGUCGGGGUAGCGUGGCACCAGGCGGCGGAGCGUUUCCGAAGUUAACAGGGCGCAUGUGAAGGAUUGGAAAUUAAAGACGCAGUACACACGUUUAAAGACGAAGUACACACUGCGUCCGAGCCGCAAACAUGGAGAAGAAGAAAAGCGCACUGGAUCUGGAACGGGAACGGGAGCGCUCGUACUGCGAACUUUGCGGGAAAAUGGAAAACCUCCUCAAGUGCGGUCGGUGCCGCAGCUCGUUCUACUGCAGCAAGGAGCACCAGAAGCAGCACUGGGGGACGCACAAGCUGAUAUGCAAAGAGGCGGACACGGCGGCGGCAGCGCAGCAGGGUCCUAAACAGACCCCCGAACCGGCGCUGUCUGCACGGGAGGGCAAGGAACCGGAGCGAUCCAAACAAAAGAACCGGAGCGCCGAGCAACCGGAGCCGAGCGGCGAGCGCAUGAGAGGCUUCAUCACAAACGCCGAGGGACCGGAGGAGGUCAUGGACAAAUCAAGUGGGGGUGUUGGUGGCAAUAACAAUGCCAAGCCCAAUGGACAGACGAGACCGUCCCCGCAGAAGCUCGCAACAGACUACAUCAUCCCGCUGAUGAACAAGAACGGGAUCUGCGUGGUGGACAACUUCCUCGGCGCGGAGACCGGGGUUUGCAUCCUGCAGGACGUGAAGGCGCUGCACCAGACCGGCCGGUUCACAGACGGCCAGCUGGUCAGCCAGAAGAGCGACUCCACCAAGGACAUCCGAGGGGACAAGAUCACGUGGAUAGACGGACAGGAGAAGGGCUGCGAGAAGAUCCGCUUUCUGAUGAGUAGGAUGGAUGAUCUGGUCAGACAUUGCAACGGGAAACUGGGAAACUACACGAUAAACGGAAGGACUAAAGCGAUGGUGGCGUGUUACCCGGGCAACGGGACUGGAUAUGUGCGACAUGUGGACAACCCGAAUGGUGACGGACGCUGCGUCACAUGCAUAUAUUACCUUAACAAAGAUUGGGAUGUCAAGGAACAGGGAGGCCUGCUCCGGAUCUUCCCCGAGGGCAAGACCCAGUUCGCGGACAUCGAGCCCAAGUUCGACCGGCUGCUGCUGUUCUGGUCGGACCGGCGGAACCCCCACGAGGUGCAGCCGGCGCACUCCACCAGGUAUGCCAUCACGGUCUGGUAUUUCGACGCGGACGAGCGGGCCAAGGCUAAAGAGAAGUACUUAACGGGUGCCGGGGAGAAAGGAGUGAAGGUGGAACUCAACAAACCCUCGGACCCCAGCUAGUGUCUGCCUCGCAGACCCCCUCCCCCCCCCCCCCCUCCCUGCAAGAACCCUCAAUCAAGUGCUCUGUCCUCAGAAGUGGCCUAUAGCGAGCGAGAGAGAGAGAGAGAGCGAGAGUGUGUAUUUUUGUGUGUCUGCGCUUGUACGUGCAACGGCUGGUGUGAAUCAACACGGAGCGCCGACAUCGCCGGAGCGAACGCCGACCAUCAAUGUAAGCGGCGGUUUGAAAAAAAAAAAAAGCAACGCUAAAUACAAUCGCAGUUUCUUUCAUUUCACCCCCGGGGGAACUCGGAAAACCCCGAUGGCUUUGAUUGUCAAGACAUUUUACCGAGAGGAACAGUCGCCCGUUUGUUUGUUUCCCCCCCCCCUCCUCCUCAUCCAUGUCUCACCUUUUUUGGUGUCGCCAGGCUUUCAUGUUAGAGCUGAGCACAGAAGUCGGGCCCAGGUGGACAAUUCUGCUUUUUAUGCUCUCCACAUUGUGGUUCUUGCAGUUGAUUCCUUCAAGGUACAGUGUUCUGCAUAAGAUUGUUUAUUGAUGCUUUUCACAUGGAAUGAGCUGUCAUAAGCUGUGGUUUGAUUGUACUUGAGUUUUUCAAUAGCUCGAGUGGUGAACGCAAUUAAAAAGAAACGCCUUUUUCUGACUGUUGAAUGUUUGCCUUUGUUUUGAGUUAAUGAUGGCGUGAAAAUAAUUUCUUGUGCCGCCCUUUGUCAAUGUAUUUUUAUUUAUUUUUCAUGUCAAGUCAUGCAAGCUUGCAAGACGUUUAAAGAAAACAUGAAUCUGACUGAUCGCUCAAGAAUUCCAGUCAGGUCUGAAGGCGCUGAGGUAUAAUUGACUGCUGCAUGCUGCCACCUGCUGGACACCACGGAGUAGGGACUUGGUUAAUCACGAUUUCUAAAAUGGCUUAUCGACAUAAAGUAAUUGGAAUAUCCAUAGGGUUAGAUAUUCUACCAAUUUAAAUGUAUAAGUUGUUAUUGAAGGUCAAGCACAUUCAUUUCUUAACUAAUUUGUAGGAAAAAUCAUGUUCAUCCUCGUCUUACCAGCUAUGCUAGAGCGUAUGCAAUUAACAGAUGUCUUGCAUUUGGAUAGUUCUACAUCCAUUAUAAUAGGCUAUUUUAAAUGUUUGACUGAAUUCAAUAGAUGAAAAUACUUCUGUAACUCGUAACCCUCUUGAAGUGAUAGUAGUAUGAAUAGAUGGCUGUAAACUGCCACUGACUGGGUAGUACGCCUUAUUUCUAAUUAAUUUCCGGGCUGGAUGCAUUUUGUUAUUUAAGUGUGAUGGUAGUUUCUGUUUUACACUUUAAUGUGACUCAUCAUGCGAAAAAUAACUUUGCUGUCCUGCUCUACAAAUUCCUUUAUGGUUAUUUAAGGACGGUUUGAUUCAACGUAAUUAAACCUAGCAGCCAAUUCCAUGGCAGUGAAGCCUUGGUUACAAAUUAAUAUGCUUGUCAAUGCUUUAUAAACUGCAUGACAAGUGAUCUUCUAUCAAACACCAUACAGCUUGUCUUUCUGAUAUAUACUCCAACUCAUGGUGGGCACCGUAAAUACUAUAAUAAGAUAAUUCCAUGAAUUGUAAGAAGUCCAAUAUUUGUCCUUAUUCUUUUAUAGCGUCAAAUGUACACAGAAUAAAACUCCCUUUAUUAUGAAUUCAACAAAUCUAUUAUAUAAACAGUAAUCACAGUCUAUGUAUCAAUGUAAAUACAUUUUAUAAUGGAACACAUCGGACUAACCAAAACACAGAAAUAUAUUAGAUAUUUGGCAUCAACUAUGUACUAAAACUAAAGAGUCAGAAUAGCUAUACUUCUUUUACCAUAUUGUGCAAGUUAAUGUCCCAAUUAAGGACUCGAAUAUAUUUGUAUAAAAAACUCUGUUAGCUCUUGUUUGCAGACCCAAAAAAAUAGGGCCAUAAAAAAAAAGAAUCCCAAAUGUAUAAAGUCCAGGGUGACGUCCCUAAUAUGUGCCUCUGUUUGUCUCUGAGUCAUGUGCAAAAACAGUGGGUGCCUGAUAAAUCAGGUCAGCUGUCCAUCAGUACGGGUUCAGCUCCUCUGGGGGCGGGGCCUGGAACAGAGGCUCCUCCCCCCCGAUGUAGGCAGUGAUGCUGCUGCUCUGGCUGCCCCAGUCGCAGCUAUCAGCGGUCACACUGCGGCACAGUGAGACAAACACUUUAAUUGUCAUCCUUCAGGGAAUACGUCUGUCUGCCAGUCGUGACAUGAUGUGACUUCCUCCGAUAUAUAGUUUAAUCAGAUUUCUACUACUUACUAGAUUCAAUCCAACUUGGUAUAGCCUACGCUUUAUAGUUGACAAAAAAUAUAUUAUUAUAUAUGCAUAUAAUUUUUUAUUAUUUUUUUCAAGUUUGGCAAUCCACAAUAAAAAUGAUAUUUACAAAAAUGACAAGAGCUAAGAAGCUAGUCCAGUAGUCGAGGAGUUUUGACUAUCAGUGGUCUUGCUACCUGGGUCUGAUGUUCUGGGGGAUGAUGCUCCAGGCCAGGUCGUCAUCGCUGUCGUAGCGCCGGGGGUUGUCGAAGAAGUACGCUCUUGAUGAGAACCCAUGGCCAGAGAGACCCGGGCCGCUCUGCAGCCAAUCACAGACCGCCGAUUGAGUUAAUUACACCACACUCUCAUUGGUCAAUCAGCGUCCUAACGACCUUUAAAUUAAAUGAGUUAUAUAAUUAUGAAUGUUGUUUUUAAGGAUGCUCUUAUUGUAAAUAGAUUACUGCAAUACAAAUACAUUUACACUUAGUGCAUUUAGCAGAUGUUUUAAUGAAAGCGACCUACAAUAAGUACAUUUGUCAGAAGAAAGAGAAACAACUAUAUAUCGCUGUCGGUACAGUAAAGAUAUUCAGCUAGGAAAAGACGCUACACGAUGCUAAGUACUAUUUUUAAGUGCCAGGACGUACAACAGACAAUAAGUGCAUACAUUAAGUGCAAGAUACAUUCUUAUGGUAUUCUAGUGACCGCCAUUAUCAAUGGCUAAAUUUUCAAGAUCACAGAAAAUGGAGGAUCUUUAGUAUUAGAACCAAUUAAGCUCAGCAGUGGGACAGAGACGAGGGGAUCCCUACCCUGUCCUGGGAGGGGCGUCGCACCCUGAAGAAGUAGACCAGCAGAGAGGUGGGCAGCAGCUCCCACACAAACAGGACCACGCCGAACACAACGUAGCCGGCAUCGCCCAGGGUCAGCUGCAGAUCUGCCUGAAC